AUGGGAGCAUUCACGGUUACUUUCUGUGUUUUCAGCGUUACUUUUUUAGCGGCUGUGGUCUUUGUAGAAUGCAGGCCAGAAUAUUUCAGGGAAUCUGCGGUACUUCAUGUCCAGUCUGAGAAAAAUGGCUUUCAAUUUGAUUCAAGGAAAACCGGAAGAAAAUCGUCGCCUUGCUACGUUAAGAAAACCAACUUGUCUGAUCCAGCUCAGUUUGUUAAAACCAAGCCUCGUGCCUUUGAAGAUCCAGCAUAUAUAGCAGCUCUACCAACAGCACUGGACUGGAGAAAUAUCAGCGGGAAAAACUAUGCCAGUACCACACGUAAUCAGCACAUUCCCCAGUAUUGUGGAUCAUGCUGGGCAAUGGGAUCAACCAGCUCCUUUGCAGACCGCAUUAACAUCAAGCGUGGCGGAGCAUGGCCCAGUGCUUACUUGUCAGCCCAGGAGGUGAUCGACUGUGCCAACGCUGGCAGCUGCCAAGGUGGAGACCACAGUGGAGUAUGGGAGUAUGCUCAUAACACCGGCAUCCCCGAUGAGACUUGUAACAACUAUCAGGCCAAAAAUGGAGAGUGCAGCGAUGAAAACACCUGCAAAACCUGCAGUCAUGAUGGCACCUGCACAAAAGUUACAAACUUUCAACGAUGGAAAGUUGGUGAUUAUGGACCCGUUUCAGGGCGGGAAAAAAUGAUGGCUGAAAUCCAAGCUAAUGGACCUAUCAGCUGCGGUAUAGAGGUCACAGAUAAGUUCGAAGAAUACAAAGGAGGUGUUUACAAGGAGUACAACCCAAGUCCAGGAAUCAACCACAUCAUCUCUGUGGCUGGGUGGGGCGUGGAGGAUGGAGUUGAGUACUGGAUCGUGAGAAACUCCUGGGGCACCUACUGGGGUGAACAAGGCUGGUUUCGUAUUGUUACCAGCUUAUAUAAGGAUGGUAAUUAUAACCUUGGCAUCGAGUCGGACUGUGUUUACGGAGACGCUAUUCUGAAAUAG